GGCGUGCCCGGGACGGGGCGGGGGCGGGGCGCGGGCUCCUCCCCGCGGCCGGCGGGCGCGGCGCGGCGUCCUCGCGGCGCCUGGGCUCGGGCGGCUGCCGGCUGGCGCUCAGUGGCGCUCAGUGGCGCUCAGCGGCGCGGAGCCGGGCGGCGGCGGCAGGAUGAACAGCAUCAAGAACGUGCCGGCGCGGGUGCUGAGCCGCAGGCCGGGCCACAGCCUGGAGGCCGAGCGCGAGCAGUUCGACAAGACCCAGGCCAUCAGCAUCAGCAAAGCCAUCAACAGCCAGGAGGCCCCCGUGAAGGAGAAGCAUGCACGGCGCAUCAUUCUGGGCACGCACCAUGAGAAGGGGGCCUUCACCUUCUGGUCCUACGCCAUCGGGCUGCCGCUGCCCAGCAGCUCCAUCCUCAGCUGGAAGUUCUGCCACGUCCUGCACAAGGUCCUGCGGGACGGGCACCCCAACGUGCUGCACGACUGCCAGCGGUACCGGAGCAACAUCCGCGAGGUCGGAGACCUGUGGGGGCAUCUGCACGACCGGUACGGACAGCUGGUGAGCGUCUACACCAAGCUGCUGCUGACCAAGAUCUCCUUCCACCUCAAGCACCCCCAGUUCCCUGCGAGCCUGGAGGUGACAGAUGAGGUGUUGGAGAAGGCGGCUGGCUCCGACGUCAACAACAUCUUCCAGCUCACCGUGGAGAUGUUUGAUUACAUGGACUGUGAGCUGAAGCUUUCUGAGUCAGUUUUCCGGCAGCUCAACACAGCCAUCGCCGUGUCCCAGAUGUCCUCGGGCCAGUGCCGCCUGGCCCCGCUCAUCCAGGUCACCCAGGACUGCAGCCACCUGUACCACUACACGGUGAAGCUGCUGUUCAAGCUGCACUCCUGUCUCCCGGCGGACACCCUGCAAGGCCACAGGGACCGGUUCCACGAGCAGUUUCACAGCCUCAGGAACUUCUUCCGACGAGCCUCCGACAUGCUCUACUUCAAGCGGCUCAUCCAGAUCCCCCGGCUGCCCGAGGGACCCCCCAACUUCCUACGGGCCUCCGCCCUGGCCGAGCACAUCAAGCCUGUGGUGGUGAUCCCAGAGGAGACCCCGGAGGACGAGGAGCCGGAGAACCUCAUCGAGAUCAGCACCGGGCCCCCGGCCGGAGAGCCAGCGGUGGUGGCUGACCUCUUUGAUCAGACGUUUGGACCCCCCAAUGGCUCCUUGCAGGACGACAGGGACCUCCAGAUCGAGAACCUGAAGAGGGAGGUGGAGACGCUCCGCAGCGAGCUGGAGAAGAUCAAGCUGGAGGCCCAGCGCUACAUUGCGCAGCUGAAGGGCCAGGUGAACGCGCUGGAGGCCGAGCUGGAGGAGCAGCGGAAGCAGAAACAGAAGGCCCUGGUGGACAACGAGCAGCUCCGCCACGAGCUGGCCCAGCUGAGGGCGGCGCAGCUGGAGGGCGAGCGGAGCCAGAGCCUGCGCGAGGAGGCCGAGAGGAAGGCCAGUGCCACGGAGGCGCGCUACAACAAGCUGAAGGAGAAGCACAGCGAGCUCAUCAGCACGCACGCGGAGCUGCUCCGGAAGAAUGCAGACACAGCCAAGCAGCUGACGGUGACGCAGCAGAGCCAGGAGGAGGUGGCACGGGUGAAGGAGCAGCUGGCCUUCCAGAUGGAGCAGGUGAAACGGGAGUCCGAGCUGAAGCUGGAGGAGCAGAGCGACCAGCUGGAGAAGCUCAAGAGGGAGCUGGAGGCCAAGGCUGGGGAGCUGGCCCGCGUGCAGGAGGUCCUGAGCCACACCGAGCAGAGCGGGUCGGAGCUGAGCUCGCGGCUGGAGGUGCUGCGCGCAGAGAAGGACACGCUGAGUGGGGCCGUGCAGCAGCGCCAGGCCGACCUGCUGGCGGCCCAGAGCCUGGUGCGCGAGAGGGAGGCGGCGCUGAGCCAGGAGCAGCAGCGCGGCUCCCGCGAGCGGGGCGAGCUCCAGGCGAGGCUGGCGGAGAAGGAGUUGCAGGAGCAGGGGCUGCGGCAGAAGCUGCUGGACGAGCAGUUUGCAGUGCUGAGGGGCGCUGCGGCCGAGGCGGAGGCCAUCCUGCGGGACGCCGUGAGCAAGCUGGAUGACCCCUUGCACCUGCGCUGCACCAGCUCUCCAGACUACCUGGUGAGCAGGGCCCAGGCUGCCCUGGACUCCGUGAGUGCCCUGGAGGAGGGCCACGCCCAGUACCUCACCUCCUUGGCAGAUGCCUCCUCCCUGGUGGCAGCCCUGACCCGGUUUUCCCACCUGGCUGCGGACACCAUCGUCAAUGGCAUUGCCACCUCCCACCUGGCCCCCACCGACCUUGCUGACCGCCUGAUUGACACAUGCAGGGAGUGCGGGGCCCGGGCGCUGGAGCUUGUGGGGCAGCUGCAGGACCAGCAGGCUCUGCGGCGGGCACAGCUGGGCCUGUUACGAGCUCCACUGCAGGGCAUCCUUCGGCUGGGCCAGGAGCUAAAGCCCAAGAGCCUGGAUGUGCGGCAGGAGGAGCUGGGGGCCAUGGUGGACAAGGAGAUGGCAGCCACGUCUGCGGCCAUUGAAGAUGCUGUGCGAAGGAUCGAGGACAUGAUGAACCAGGCCCGCCACGCCAGCUCGGGGGUGAAGCUGGAAGUGAAUGAGAGGAUCCUCAACUCCUGCACGGACUUCAUGAAGGCGAUCCGGCUGCUGGUGAUGACGUCCACCAGCCUGCAGAAGGAAAUCGUGGAGAGCGGCAGGGGGGCAGCCACGCAGCAGGAAUUCUAUGCCAAGAACUCACGCUGGACCGAAGGCCUCAUCUCAGCCUCCAAGGCAGUGGGCUGGGGAGCCACACAGCUGGUGGAGUCGGCUGACAGGGUGGUGCUUCACACGGGCAAGUACGAAGAGCUCAUUGUCUGCUCCCAUGAGAUUGCGGCCAGCACUGCCCAGCUGGUGGCGGCCUCCAAGGUAAAGGCCGACAAGCACAGCCCCCACCUGAGCCGCCUGCAGGAAUGCUCCCGCGCCGUCAACGAGAGGGCUGCCGCCGUGGUGGCCUCGACCAAGUCAGGCCAGGAGCAGAUUGAAGACAAAGACACCAUGGACUUCUCUGGCCUGUCCCUCGUCAAGCUCAAGAAGCAGGAGAUGGAGACUCAGGUGCGCGUCCUAGAGCUAGAGACAACACUGGAGGCCGAGCGCAUGCGGCUUGGGGAGCUGCGGAAGCGGCACUACGCGCUGGCUGGGGCGGGGGCAAUACCCACCGAGGAGUCUGGCCAGCCCAGCGCCACCCCUCGGAGUGUGACCACCAAGAAGCCACCCCUGGCCCAGAAGCCCAGCGUGGUCCCCAGACAGGAACACCAGCUCGACAAAAAGGAUGGCAUCUACCAGGCUCAACUCGUGAACUACUAGGUCCCCCAGGGGUCCAGCAGGGCGGCUGGUGGACAGGCCUGGGUGCCCAGUGGCCUCGCCCCUGCAGCUGGGUCAGUGUCCUCAAGGCCCCUGGCCCUCACUGCGCCUCAUGGGGCCUGGGUCGUGCAGAUGGUUCUUCUGGAUUCGAGUCUAUUUAUCUGCAAAACGAGCUUGGGAGAGCAGCCGGGACCCAGGAGGCCUGAGCCACAACUCUUCAGGAAAUAUACGGAACAUUUUUAAUAUUCUGAGUUAGAGCUUUUCUUCCAAGUUUAUAGUCAGCACACUGGGAAACAGGGCUACUGGAGGGGCCCCCUGCCUUCUGGCCUUGCUAAGACCUGUCUGUGGCCGCCUUGGGGCACUGAUUCCACAAGGCCCUCAUGGCCUCAGCAGAUGAGGGGCUGGAGGGGUGCUGCCCACUCCUCGGGCUGGCCCUAGAGCAUCCCUGCUGCAAGCCCCUCCGGAGGUCGGAGGCUGGAAGGGGCUGCUGUCUGGGGAGCAAGGCCGUGAGGUGGCAGGUGCCCGCGCUUGCAGGCAGCCCUGCCCAGGUGCUGCCUUCCCUCCCAGAGUUUCCACGUCCGGCUGGAAUCUGCAGCCGCCCUCCGUUUCCUGUUUCCCCUUUCCCUGGCCUGGCUGGCCCUGCCCUGCGUCCCCCAGCUCAGCCUGAAAAAGCCCAGAAACCCAUCAGGGCGGUCUGGGGCUGGGGAGGGCUGGCCUGGCUUUGCUUGCCGCUGUCCAACUUGAACGAAAGUGUCCCCUGAGCCCGAGGGGAGUGGCUGCAGGGGUGGGGACCAGGCUGGGAGGGCAGAGCCAGCACUAGGCUGGACAAGCACGCUGCCCUCCCACUCCCAGCCCUGUGCA